CAUUUCAGUUUAAUUUCUCAAAUUAGUUUCAUCGCACAAGUCACAGUGGAAAGACACGCGCAACUUAAUCCUUAGGCGGGAAUCUUAAACAAGAAAACAAUCAAACACACAACCAAUAAAGCUUUAAACUCAAUACAAUUGGAGUUGGAAACGAAAGAAGUUCAUUAUAUAAAAAAUUGUGUUUCAUAAAGUCAUUUCUUCCCUCCAAAGUUCUUUAUUUCGCGCCUUAUCUACAAUCACCAACUUGGCCAAAAUGAAAUCUUUUGUCCCAUCAUGGCCUGCGUCAUUUCUUUGUGCACAUCUUUUGGUGUCCAUUGCAAUCAAUGGUCUUCAUGCCGAUUUAGAACCCAAUAAGUUAAAAGUAGAAGUCUACUAUGAGACACUUUGUCCUGAUAGCAUGCGUUUUAUACGCAAUCAACUGUAUAGGGCCAUGAUCGAUGAUAGUCUGCUGCAAUUUAGCGAAUUGGUGUUCAUACCCUAUGGCAAAGUUGGAUCUUGGACAGAUCCCAGCACAAAUGUGACAAACCUUUAUUGUCAACAUGGUAGAAAGGAAUGUGAAUUGAAUGCCUUGCAUGCCUGUAUAGUGGAGCAUAACACCAUAAGGGAACAACUGGAUUUGAUUACAUGUCUGUUGAAUGGCUAUUCCACAGAUAUUGAUGUGUGUUCCCAAUAUCUGAAUAUCGAUGUGACAGAGGCGAAAAAUUGCAAAGCUACACGCGAAACCAAUGAAAUUUUGCAAAAAUAUGGCAACAUGACAGAUGCCAUAGAAAUGACUUUUGUGCCCUCAGUGGGUCUGGGUGGGGUUUUCGACCCUUGGAAGCAACGCAGCAUUUUAUACAACUUUCCCAGAACAUUCUGUCGCAAGUAUCGCGAAAAAUUCGAUAUUGAAUUGAAAAAUUGUUAGUCACCUUAUGGGAUAUAUAAAUUAUGAUAUACAAAA